AUGCCAGCAGAACUUUGCCCACCAUAUGCGCCAUUUUUCGGCUUUGCAGGCGUUGCCUCAGCUGUAAGUUAUCGUACGGUUGGUGCUGCGUUCGGAACGGCAAAGGCUGGAAUCGGUAUUGCAGGCCUAGGGACGUUCAAGCCUGAACUGAUCAUGAAGGCGAGUUCGCUCGUGCCUGUGGUUAUGGCAGGAAUUAUUGCUGUGUAUGGGCUAGUAGUAUCGGUUCUCAUCGCAGGAAAUCUAUCCCCAACGAAAGACUAUACACUAGCCGCAGGUUUCAUUCAUUUGGGAGCAGGCGUUUCUUGUGGUAUGACUGGUAUUGCUGCGGGUUAUGCUAUUGGCCACGUCGGCGAUUCGUGCGUCCGGGCCUACGUUCACGAGCAAAGAGUAUUUGUGGCCAUGAUUCUCAUCUUAAUCUUUGCAGAGGUUCUGGGGCUCUACGGUCUCAUAGUUGCAUUGUUGAUGAACACGAGGGUCGCUGGUCUUGCGAGUUGCGAUUGA